GGCUCUGAGCUGUUUCCGCCGCCAUUGCGGAUUUUGGACAGAAGAUCAGCCGCUGCUAUCCAUCGAUGCAGUGCAGAAAGCACACGCAGAAGGGGGACGUAUUUCACAUUUUUACUGAUACCAGGUUUCGAAAAUACGACUAGCAACGCAGCAUAUCGUCUUUUUUUUUCAUCGUAUUAUCGUUUUCACCGACUGGCUCCGACCUACACUGAGGAGGUCGUAGCUAGCGCGGUGCUACUACCGAGCUAGCUAGCUGCACGGCUAGAAUUUCAGGACUCCCGAGAAGCUCAAGGAAACAACCAUGGCUCAAAUACUCCCUAUCCGCUUCCAGGAGCACCUGCAGCUCCAGAACUUGGGGAUCAACCCAGCCAACAUUGGAUUCAGCACUCUCACCAUGGAGUCUGACAAGUUCAUCUGUAUAAGGGAGAAAGUGGGUGAGCAGGCCCAGGUUGUCAUCAUUGACAUGGCUGACCCCAACAAUCCCAUCCGUCGCCCCAUCUCUGCCGACAGCGCUAUCAUGAACCCAGCCAGCAAAGUUAUUGCCCUCAAAGCCGCAAAGACCCUGCAAAUCUUUAACAUCGAGAUGAAGAGCAAGAUGAAGGCUCAUACGAUGACAGAUGAUGUGACCUUCUGGAAGUGGAUCUCCCUCAACACUGUUGCCCUGGUCACAGACAACGCAGUGUACCAUUGGAGCAUGGAAGGUGACUCUCAGCCAAUCAAAGUCUUUGACCGUCACUCCAGCCUGGCAGGCUGCCAGAUCAUCAACUACCGCACUGAUGCCAAACAGAAGUGGUUGCUGCUCAUAGGCAUUUCAGCACAGCAAAACCGUGUUGUCGGAGCCAUGCAGUUGUAUUCAGUGGACAGGAAGGUGUCUCAGCCUAUUGAGGGGCAUGCCGCCGGCUUUGCACAGUUCAAGAUGGAGGGCAACACUGAGGAAUCAACUCUGUUUUGCUUUGCUGUGCGAGGACAGGCUGGAGGAAAACUCCAUAUCAUUGAAGUUGGGACUCCACCAACUGGGAAUCAACCAUUUCCAAAAAAAGCUGUGGAUGUGUUCUUUCCUCCAGAAGCGCAAAAUGACUUUCCUGUUGCCAUGCAGAUCAGUUCCAAGCAAGAUGUGGUCUUCCUCAUCACCAAAUAUGGCUACAUCCACCUGUAUGACCUUGAGACUGGAACUUGUAUCUACAUGAACAGGAUCAGUGGGGAGACUAUUUUUGUCACAGCCCCUCAUGAACCUACUGCUGGUAUCAUUGGAGUCAACCGGAAAGGACAGGUGUUGUCAGUGUGCGUGGAGGAGGAAAACAUCAUUCCCUACAUCACCAAUGUGCUCCAGAACCCAGACCUGGCUCUCCGCAUGGCUGUGCGAAACAACCUUGCCGGUGCUGAGGAGCUGUUUGCCCGCAAGUUUAACACCCUCUUUGCAGCAGGGAAUUACUCAGAAGCUGCCAAGGUGGCGGCCAAUGCGCCCAAGGGUAUCCUACGGACCCCAGACACCAUCCGUAGGUUCCAAAGUGUUCCAGCCCAACCAGGCCAGACGUCUCCCUUGCUCCAAUACUUUGGCAUUUUGCUGGACCAGGGCCAGCUUAAUAAGUUUGAGUCUUUGGAGCUUUGCAGACCCGUUCUUCAGCAGGGCCGCAAGCAGCUACUAGAGAAAUGGCUAAAGGAGGACAAGCUGGAAUGUUCCGAGGAGCUUGGAGACUUGGUGAAGUCAGUAGAUCCUACUCUUGCCCUCAGUGUCUACCUCAGAGCCAACGUCCCCAAUAAGGUCAUUCAGUGCUUUGCAGAGACUGGCCAGUUUCAGAAGAUUGUCCUCUAUGCUAAGAAGGUGGGCUACACUCCAGACUGGAUCUUUCUGCUAAGGAAUGUAAUGCGGAUCAGUCCAGAGCAGGGCCUUCAGUUCUCCCAGAUGCUGGUUCAGGAUGAGGAGCCACUUGCUGACAUUACACAGAUUGUUGAUGUGUUCAUGGAGUACAACCUGAUCCAGCAGUGCACAUCCUUCCUACUAGAUGCCCUGAAGAACAACAGACCCAUGGAAGGACCACUGCAGACACGCCUGCUGGAAAUGAAUUUGGUCCACGCACCACAGGUUGCAGAUGCCAUCCUGGGCAAUCAGAUGUUCACUCACUAUGAUCGCGCUCAUGUGGCACAGCUGUGUGAGAAGGCCGGUCUCCUGCAGAGGGCGCUGGAACAUUAUACUGACUUGUAUGACAUUAAACGUGCUGUGGUGCACACACAUCUUCUUAAUCCAGAGUGGUUGGUGAAUUUCUUUGGCUCUCUCUCUGUGGAGGACUCUCUGGAGUGUCUGAGGGCCAUGUUGUCUGCUAACAUUCGCCAGAACCUGCAGAUCUGUGUGCAGGUUGCUUCCAAGUACCAUGAACAGCUUACUACUCAGUCCCUCACUGAACUUUUUGAGUCAUUCAAGAGCUUUGAGGGUUUGUUCUACUUCUUGGGCUCUAUUGUGAACUUCAGCCAGGAUCCAGAGGUCCAUUUCAAAUAUAUCCAGGCUGCCUGCAAAACAGGCCAAAUCAAAGAGGUGGAGAGAAUCUGCAGAGAAAGCAACUGCUACGACCCUGAACGUGUGAAGAACUUCCUCAAGGAAGCUAAGCUCACUGACCAGCUGCCUUUAAUCAUUGUGUGCGACCGCUUUGAUUUUGUUCAUGACCUGGUCCUGUACCUGUACCGCAACAGCCUGCAGAAAUACAUUGAGAUCUACGUGCAGAAGGUGAACCCAAGCCGUCUGCCCGUAGUCAUUGGAGGGUUAUUGGAUGUAGACUGCGCCGAAGAUGUGAUUAAGAACCUGAUCAUGGUGGUGAGAGGACAGUUCUCCACAGAUGAACUGGUUGCUGAAGUGGAGAAAAGAAAUCGACUGAAGUUGCUGCUGCCUUGGUUAGAGGCUCGUAUUCAUGAAGGUUGUGAGGAACCUGCUACCCACAACGCUUUAGCCAAGAUCUACAUCGACAGCAACAACAACCCCGAGCGCUUUUUGAGGGAGAACCCCUUUUAUGACAGCCGUGUGGUGGGAAAGUACUGUGAGAAAAGGGACCCUCACCUGGCUUGUGUGGCUUAUGAAAGAGGACAGUGUGACCAGGAACUCAUUCAUGUGUGCAAUGAGAACUCACUGUUCAAGAGUCUGUCCCGCUACCUUGUACGUCGCAAGAACCCUGAGCUGUGGGCAAGUGUGCUGCUGGAGACCAACAACUACAGAAGACCACUCAUUGACCAGGUUGUCCAGACAGCCUUAUCAGAGACCCAGGAUCCAGAGGAGGUGUCUGUCACAGUCAAGGCCUUCAUGACAGCCGACCUCCCCAAUGAGCUUAUUGAGCUCCUGGAAAAGAUUGUUCUGGAUAAUUCCGUAUUUAGUGAGCACAGAAACCUCCAGAAUCUGCUUAUUCUGACAGCCAUUAAAGCUGAUCGGACACGUGUAAUGGAGUACAUUAACCGUUUGGACAAUUACGAUGCCCCAGACAUUGCAAACAUUGCCAUCAGCAAUGAACUGUUUGAGGAGGCCUUUGCAAUUUUUAGGAAAUUUGAUGUCAACACUUCUGCUGUGCAGGUUCUGAUUGAACACAUUGGUAACCUGGACAGAGCUUAUGAAUUUGCUGAGCGCUGUAAUGAGCCCCCAGUUUGGAGUCAGCUGGCAAAGGCCCAGCUUCAGAAGGGCCUGGUCAAAGAAGCCAUUGAUUCCUACAUCAAGGCUGAUGACCCAUCUGCUUACAUGGAGGUCGGACAAGCUGCCGCACAAAGCGGAAACUGGGAGGACCUUGUAAAGUUUCUGCAGAUGGCCCGCAAGAAGGCCCGCGAGUCGUACGUAGAAACAGAGCUAAUCUUUGCCCUGGCCAAGACCAACCGCCUGGCUGAGCUGGAAGAGUUUAUCAACGGGCCCAACAAUGCUCACAUUCAACAAGUAGGUGAUCGUUGCUAUGACGACAAGAUGUACGAGGCAGCUAAACUGCUUUACAACAACGUGUCCAAUUUCGGCCGUCUGGCCUCCACUCUGGUGCACCUGGGAGAAUACCAGGCGGCUGUGGAUGGAGCCCGCAAAGCCAAUAGCACCCGCACCUGGAAGGAGGUGUGUUUUGCUUGUGUAGAUGGGAAGGAAUUCCGUCUUGCCCAAAUGUGUGGCCUGCAUAUUGUCGUCCACGCCGAUGAACUGGAGGAGCUAAUCAACUACUACCAGGACCGUGGCUACUUUGAGGAGCUGAUCACCAUGCUGGAGGCUGCCCUGGGGCUGGAGCGCGCUCACAUGGGUAUGUUCACUGAGUUGGCCAUCCUCUACUCCAAAUUCAAACCCCAGAAGAUGAGGGAACACUUGGAGCUCUUCUGGUCCCGUGUCAACAUUCCAAAGGUUCUCAGGGCAGCCGAGCAGGCUCACCUCUGGGCAGAGCUGGUGUUCCUUUACGACAAGUACGAGGAAUAUGAUAAUGCCAUCAUCACCAUGAUGAACCACCCAGCUGAUGCCUGGAAAGAGGGCCAGUUCAAAGAUAUUGUCACCAAGGUGGCCAAUGUGGAGCUCUACUACAAGGCCGUCCAGUAUUAUCUGGAGUACAAACCUUUGUUACUGAACGACCUGCUCAUCGUCCUCUCUCCUAGACUGGAUCACACACGCGCUGUCAACUUCUUCAGCAAGGUCAAACAGCUGCCUCUGGUUAAACCUUACCUAAGGUCUGUCCAGAAUCACAACAACAAGUCAGUGAAUGAGGCACUUAACAACCUCUUCAUCAUUGAGGAAGACUAUGCGGCGCUGCGUACCUCCAUCGAUGCUUAUGACAACUUUGACAACAUCUCGCUGGCCCAGGGCCUGGAGAAGCAUGAGCUGAUUGAAUUCCGGAGGAUCGCAGCCUACCUUUUCAAGGGAAACAACCGCUGGAAACAGAGUGUCGAGCUCUGCAAGAAGGACAAGCUCUACAAGGAUGCCAUGCAGUACGCAUCAGAGUCCAAAGACACCGAGCUGGCAGAGGAGCUCCUGGCUUGGUUCCUGAAGGAAGACAAGAAGGAGUGUUUUGCUGCCUGCCUAUUCACCUGCUACGACCUGCUGCGGCCCGAUGUGGUGUUGGAGACUGCCUGGCGACACAACAUCAUGGACUUUUCCAUGCCAUACUUCAUCCAGGUCAUGAGGGAGUAUCUCAGUAAGGUUGAUGCGAUAAAGGAAAAGGUCGACAAACUCGAAGCCUCUGAGUCUCUGAGGAAACAGGAGGAGCAGGCUACAGAGUCUCAACCCAUCGUUUAUGGCACACCCCAGCUCAUGCUCACAGCAGGGCCCAACGUGGCUGUGCCUCCACAGCAGGCCUACGGCUACGGCUACACAGCAGCUCCAGGCUAUGGCCAGCCACCACAGCCCAGCUUCGGUUAUGGCAUGUGAACACCCAACAAACCCCCCCACCACAAUUUGACCCCACACCUUCCUUCCAUCUGUCCUUCUCUCUUUGUGUUCCUCACCAGCUUCCCAUGGUCUUCUACUCACAACAGGGGCCACAAGCAAGCAACAGCCCACUCUCGUUUUGAGUACUAUUUUUUUAUUAUGUUGUCGUGUUACAAGAGAAAACAUUUAACUGCAUUGAAGGACUUUUAUUUGUAUUGUU